AUGCGCGAGCUGUCAGUGCCGAGAGGAAGCGGGCUGCAGCCGUCUCCGGCGGCUUAUGACCCGCACCUGCAGCUUCCCGGAGUGCAGACAUCGCUCCAUGGGCAAGCCAAGCCUCCUUCUCGUUCUGUCUCGGGAGAAUCUCCGGCAGCAUCCCGAUCCGGCUCCAAGACCAGCACGGCCCACUUCGAUUUCCAUGCCCGUGACUUCAGCAAAAGUGCGCCAUUGCAAGCUUUCCGGGGCACGGACAACGAGCACCCACGGCUGGCCUCUUGCAAAGCUUUGAGAAAGUUUAGGUCUCUCGAGCCCGAGGGACGAUUCGCUUGA